GAGAGGACAGACGCUGCAGACUUUAUCCUGCAAUCACACUAGGAAACACAAACAGAAGAUAAAAGGACAGCACAGAAAUAAACAGGAUUGCUUUAAAACAUGAAACAUUUGACGUGGAUCAGUGCUCUGUCAUUCCUGCUUUAUUUCUCCUCAGGAUCUGCAGAUUACAGGGAAAAGCGUCAGAUCCCAGCGAGGAAUUUGGCAGGCGUUUGUCGAUACGGCAGCAGACUGGAGUGCUGUUAUGGAUGGAAGAAAAACCGCAAAGGACACUGUGAAGCUCAGUGUGACCUGGGCUGCAAACAUGGCGAGUGUGUCGGCCCCAACAAAUGCAAGUGCUUCCCCGGAUACACUGGAAAGACAUGUAGUCAAGAUCUGAAUGAGUGCGGUCUAAAGCCUCGGCCCUGUGAACAUCGCUGUAUGAACACAUUUGGUAGCUAUAUGUGCUACUGCUUAAACGGAUACAUGCUGAUGUCUGAUGGCUCCUGUACAAACUCGAGGACGUGUUCUCUGGCUCACUGUCAGUACGGCUGUGAGGAGGUGCAGGGUGAAGUCCGCUGUCUCUGUCCGUCUCUUGGCCUGCAGCUGGGAUCUGAUGGGAAGACCUGUGAGGACAUUGAUGAAUGUGCAACUAGGAAAAACCAGUGUCCGUUCAACCGUCAGUGCACCAACACAUUUGGAAGCUACUACUGCAAGUGUCAGACAGGUUAUGAUCUCAAAUACGUCAAUGGGAAAUACGACUGCGUUGAUAUAAAUGAAUGUGUGUCCAACACACAUAAGUGCAGUCAUCACGCUGAGUGCAUCAACACACAUGGAUCCUACAAGUGUAAAUGCAAGCAGGGUUUCCGUGGCAGUGGAUUUGAUUGUUCAGUCAAGCCUUUUUAUCACAGAUCCUGGGAAGGUGAGAAAGGAAAUGCACAAGUGUUUCUCAACGCUAUUCCUGAUUUUCACUCAAAAACUCGUAUUUUGGGAGGAAAGUUUGACAACACCAUCCCCGAGCCUGCGGUGACCGGAUCUCCACGACUCCGCCUGCAGCCCUUCGACUACGACGGCGAGGUCUACAUCGGCCCUCCGGAGCAGAAACCUGUGUUUCCAGAGGAGGAGAAGUUUUAUGAAGAGGAAGAGGAGGAAGAGGAAGACGACACGGUAAACCAGCUGGUGGGCGAGGAGCUGAACCCCAGAGGAGAUGCUUUCUUUCCAGAUGAUUUUGUGCCUGUUUACGGUCCAGAAUCAGAGCCGAAGGAGAUCCAGGCAGCGCCGCUGAAGGAAAGAUUCCUGACGGACUGUGACUUUGAUCGCGGUGCGUGUGAGUGGGUGCAGGAUAAUGAAGAUGAUCUGGACUGGACCAUCAAAUAUCAUGAAAACGGAAGGGAAUAUUACUUGGCUCUCGACGGUCCUGUGGGGAACAGGAAGGAGCAGGCGAGGAUGAAGCUGCUGCUGGAUGAUUACAUGCGUCAGAGCAGCUUCUGUCUGAAAUUUGAUUAUCGCAUUCAGGGUCAGAACAUGGGCAUCUUACGAGUGAUGCUGGACAACAGCGCUGUCGCCGUCUGGGAGAGAAGAAACCCUCUCAACCGCAGCUGGCAGUCAGAGCAGAUCACCACCACCUGGACAGAAAACACUGCGGAGGCCAUCAUCUUUGAGGCCGAGCGUGGGAGGUCAGUAAGCGGAGAGAUCGGUCUGGAUCACGUGCUUCUGAUCUCAGGACCCUGUUCGGAUGAUAAAUCCGACAUCUUUUAGUGGCGACACAAAGGACUUCGUCUGGUUUGUGACUUUUUUAACCAUCUCAACAACAACAAAAGACUUAGCUGAUUUAGCUGUUGCUCAGCUUUCAUAAUAAGCAGGUACAAACCUGCAUGAAAAUAAGGAGAAUUACAUUCAUGUAAGUGUUAUUGAUAUUCUGUUUUCUGAUUGUAGGUAGA